CAGGCACUAGGUAUUAAGUAAUUUUUUUCGGCGUUUUAAUCUUCAAACAGCACUAAAUCUAGUGCUUAAAGCACCAAGUUGGCAAUUGUGGGCACCGGCACUUCGAUAGUGCAAAAAAAUAAAACCAUUCGAUACUAUCGAUAGUUUUACAGCUGUAAAUCCUAUCGCAAAGUAAUGGAUAUGAUUACUUGUUUACAAUUCACUUAAUUUGUUUUUGUUUGCGGGCCGCGGUGUUAAAAUUUUUAUUAUUUUUAUAGUUGAAUUAGGGAAUAAUAAUGUCCGACGACGAUACCAUUCAUCCCUUAAGCGAUUCUGAACAUAUUACAGAUUUUGACGACCACGUAGAUGAGGAAGAGUUAAUAACUGCACAAAAGGUACUAGAAAUUGUAGAAACCGCAUGGCAAAAUGAAUUAUGUGCACCAGAAAUUCUUCAACACCAAACCGACAUGAUGGAGCUGAUGCUCGGUCAAGUCGCACACAUGGAGGAAAAUAUGAAGGAUUUAGAUAAAAACGAUUUUCGUUUCAUUGUGCAUCAAAUGGAAUUAGAACGCAUACGCUAUGUGAUGGCCAGUUACCUACGUUGUCGAUUGCAAAAGAUAGAAACUUACACGCGACAUAUAAUAAAUGAGGAAGAGGCGCGAGAUGUGUCUGAAAAAAGAUUAUCGCCGGAAGAGGCCAAAUACGCGCAAGAGUAUGCCGAAAAUGUGGAGCAAUACUUCCAGCAAGUGGCGUUGCAGUACAUGCCCAAUAUGCAGCGUUCAGAGGCGGAUCAACGAAUAGUUCGUCCAAACCUAAUGAGUCAUGUUUUCAUCAAAGCGAAUGUGGCGGUGCCUGCUGUUGUGGUUGGCGUCGAUGACGAGGAGGUGGAUCUAACUGCUGGCUCGCAGCACAUAAUACCCUACCAACUGGUAUCCGAUUUAAUUCAUAAAAAUCAAGCGCAGCUAAUUUAGAAGUAGUGUCUACCUGUAAUAGAUAGCAUAAGUACAAGUAUAGAUGAUUUAAAUUAAGCUUAUUUUAUUCCGUAUUCAAACGAGCUAAAUUGCACUAAUCCAUUGUCAAUGGCUUCAAAGGUUCAGUAUCACUUCUGGCACCAUUUCCGGCAGCAUUUUGGGCAAGUGUGCUAAACAUAACACGCUUACGUGUUUGUGGCAAUGGUACUGCUGUUCUAGGCGUAGCAUGCACUUCUACAGUCGUUGGUUGUUGAUCGCUUAAGAUGGUAUUGUCGAAUCUCGGUUGCCGCAUUGGUGAUGCCAGUAUGCGUUCCAAGCGUUGCUUAAAUACAUUGCUUUCACACAACCUUUGUGGUGUUUGUAUUGGUGUAGAAGUGACCUCCAGGUCUUCAAACCCUUCAACAUCCGAGGGAAGUUGUACGUCUUCGUGUCCACGACGCUGAACAACGUAUGUUUCUUUUGGCUUAAUUGGUUUGGCGUGCUUAAGCAUAUCUUCGACAGGGGCAGGUAGUUUUGUAGAGCAAAGCUUGUCGACAAGUUUUUUGAUUUUGUUGCGCGUUGCAUAGAAAUUUGGAUAUUUCUGCGGUUCCGAAAAUAUAUUUUAAAAAUUAGUUAUUAAUAACACAUGAUUAAUCCAUUGCAUACCUGCUUCAACUUGUGCCGUUUGUGUGAAAGCUCAGCACUCAGGCGUUUCAUUGCUGCUGUGGAUAUGCCAUUUGUCUUUGGUUCCAGGCCGCUUGCAAUCAAGCGUUUAUUCGCCAAAUGCUGCGCAUCGUUACGGGUGCAGGGUUUUGGUUUUUGCGGUACUCUAUAAAAGAAAACACAUUUUAUUAAAAUUCAAUGUAUCACAUUCAUAAUUGCAAACGUAA